GAAAGUUGGACUUGGAAGUUCUGUUUCUGUUUUCUUCCACUUUCCACUUUUCGUUACGUAAUUUGAAAUAAUUACCCGACGCAUUUCUGUUUCUGUAAUUUUCUAAUUAUUUCCCGAGUAUGUUUCUUCGUUAUUAAAAACCAAGUUCAAAUUGUUAUCAUUAUGAUAACGUAGUUUACAUGUCGCGUUCAAAUCGUUAGAUGUGCAUGUUCAAUGUUACAGUAUACAUGUUAUUCUCCUUUGAAGUUUUCUGAAACGUGUCCAAAAUGAAGCUUUUUUCAUUAAUUUCUGCCAUAUUUGUGAUUUUAUGUGUUAUAAGUGAUAUCCAUUCCAGUGGACUGGAACAAAUGAGCGACGAUGAUUUAUUAAACUUGAUCCGGACUGAGAAUUACGUCGCUGUGUUAUUUACUAAAAAAGAUUGUGAAAUCUGCGAUAAACAUGAAGAUGUCCUGUUUCAAAUUCGAGAAGACUUGGUGGAUUCGCUCAGCGCUUGGGUAGUGAAAGCUGUAAACAGCCAGUUGGUUCGAAUUUAUAGUCCGUCCAAGGAGCCGGCUUUAGUUUUUUUCAGACACGGAAUUCCCUUACUUUACGAUGGUGAAUUGAACGACGAAUUAAUUCUGCAUACAUUAUCCGAAAACAAAGAACCUUGUGUUCGAGAGUUACAUGAUGAAAAUUUUGAACAUCUAACUCAGGUUUCUACGGGUGCAACUACCGGCGAUUGGUUCAUUUUAUUUUAUUCCACCGACUGCAUAGAAUGUCAAAAUUUGCAAGCUAGGUGGGAAUCGGUGUGUGCCAAAUUGAAAACGAGAAUGAAUGUAGCUAGAAUAAAUAAACAAACCAUGGGUAAAGUUAUUGGAAGAAGAUUCGGCGUAUCGAAAGUGCCUUCAUUCAUAUUUUUCAGGCAUGGGAAAAUGUACAGAUAUAAUUCACAAAAAUAUGACAUCGAUUCUCUCCACUCGUUUCCAAUUGAAACGCAUAAAAACGCUCGUGUCGAACCAGUUACGCCGCCCAAAGCUCCGCUCGAGGAUAUGCUUCUUGGAAUAUUAGAAUUUUUCCGAGAAUGCCCAUUUUUAGUGAAGAUAAUCUCCACUAUAAUCGGUGUCUUUGUUAUUGUAUCCGUGGCGUAUAAAAUGAAUUCAAGAAAAGAGAAGAAAAAGAAGAGUACAAGCAAAAGAAGUAAAAACAAAUAAGGUAUCACGAUCCAUUUUAAUUUUAAGAAAAACAAUUUUUUGAAUGUGAAUUUGUACAAACCGUUAAUUUUAUUUACUAUAGUUAUCUAAUUGGCUCAUUUUUGUACUUUUUUUUAAAAGAAGAAAAUAUGUGUUGAACUUUUUGAUAAAAUAACACAAUUUACUUUGUAAAAUUGUAAUUCUUCUAAUUUAAUUAAACGUGUAAUAUACCUAAGCUAGUUCUUUUCGAUUAUAAAACUUUUCCAUUUACUUUACAAUUUGUUUUCCCUAUUCAUGCAUUCCUUCAUUUCCUUUUUUAAAAAUUAUUUGUUAACAGCGUUACAAGCUUUACAUACUGAAAAUGUGUUUUCUUAGGCAAACAAUUGAUUUGUUUCCUUUGUUGAAUGUGAUAUUGAUGUAAUAUAUUUGUAUAAGUGUUUAA